AUGCAGAAACUGAGGCUGCAGGCUGCGUUUAAACCACAAAGAAGAAGACAGACGUAGAAGCCACUAGCCAAACAAAGAUGGCGGAAAAAGAAGUAGAUUCCGCCUGUGGUACUGGCAAAUCUACCAAUAAUUGUGAUUAUCCAGAGGAUAUAGUGUCACCGAAAUCACAUGAAGAUGAAAGCUCGGAAAAUCCUGCAUCUCAGCAUACCCAGGACCUUAAAAGCGUCCUGGUCACCAGCGUUUUAAACUUAGAAGAGCUCGACGUUGACCUGUACAGAGGGACACACCACUGGGUGCCCCGCAGUCAGCGUUUGUUUGGGGGUCAAAUCGUGGGUCAGGCCCUCGUAGCUGCUGCCAAAUCUGUCAGCGACAAUCUCUAUGCCCAUUCACUCCACUGCUACUUUGUACGGGCAGGGGAUCCUAAGGUUCCAGUGCUGUACCAGGUGGACCGCACAAGAGACGGUCGCAGUUUCACUGUGCGCUCUGUGAAAGCCAUCCAGCAUGGACAGCCCAUACUAAUCUGUCAAGCGUCCUUCCACAUGCUGCAGCCGAGUCCCCUGCAGCACCAGUUCACCAUGCCAGUGGUCCCUCCACCUGAAGACCUCCUCACUGUAGAGGAACUCAUUCAUCUUUAUCUCAGUAAAGCAGACCUAGCAGAGAAAUCCAGACAAGGCCUUAAUAAACUGCUGGCUAAUGAGGUGCCCAUUGAGAUAAAGCCAGUCAACCCACCACACUUUUACAGACUUGCUGCAAGUGAGCCGAAGAAGCUGUUCUGGGUGCGAGCCCGAGGACACAUCGGUGAAGGCAACAUGAAGCUGCACUGCUGUGUGGCUGCUUAUGUCUCAGACUAUGCAUUCCUGGGCACAGCGCUGCUGCCUUAUCCUAACUACAGGGCUCAGUUCUCUGCCUCCCUGGACCACGCCAUGUGGUUCCACAGCACUUUCCGCAGUGAUGAGUGGAUGCUGUAUGAGUGUGAGAGCCCAUGGGCAGGGGGCAGCAGGGGGCUGGUUCAAGGCCGGCUGUGGAGAAGAGACGGGGUGCUGGCUGCCUCCUGUUCCCAGGAGGGUGUCCUGAGAGUGAAACCAGCCACAGAGCCCAGCAAAUUAUAAGCACGUUCCGAAGAUUAAUUUUUAUUUAAUUUGUAUGUAACUGUAAUAAUAUAAUUAUUGUUUUAUAUGUAGAUUAUACAAUUAUAUAAUAGGAAAAUAUGAAAUAAAUUUAAAUUAUUUUUAGGCAAUAAAGACUGAAGGUUACAAUGA